AAAAGCCGUCGCCCGCCGCGCCUUCCCCAGAGAACUGUCGCUUCCUCUUCACGGCCUUCCAACUCCUUUCACUCUUUCAGGGACUAGUUGACUGCUUCGAGCUGCCCAUAUUACUUUAUUGUAAUAUUGUAAUCCUGAACGCUUCUUUGCGCUUCUCAACCUUCGCUCAGCACCGUAUCACCACACCGUCGCCAAGAUGAUGUUCACUUCUAUCAUCGUUGCCGCCCUGGCUACCCUUGCCGCGGCCAAGCCCAGGUUCACCAACAGCAACUUUGAUGUUGUCACCGGCAGGACCUUCGAGCUGAAGUGGGCCGAUGCCAAGGGCCCUGUCACCAUCGACCUCCUGACGGGCAAGGCGCCCGACGGCCUGAAGCCCGUCCAGAUCGUGGCCACCGGCCUCACUGGAACUUCGUUCGUUUUCGACGUCCCCAAGAAUGUGCCGAGCGGCGAUUACGCCUUCAGCGUCCGCGACGGCGAGGGAAAGGAGGACAUCAACUACAGCCUGCCCUUCUCCCUGGUCGGCACCGGCUCCUCCAGCACCACCAGCGGCGUCAGCAGCACCAUGUCCUCCACCAGCUCUCGCUCCACUACCAGCUCUAUGACCUCCUCGAGCGCCACCACCAUGGUCACCUCCUCCUCGACCAGCGUCAACUCCACUGCCACGACCUCGUCCGGCUCCUCGUCUACCAGGUCCUCUUCUACCACGUCCUCCACCUCCCCUGCUCCCACGAUCCCCAACUCCAACGGCGCCGGCAAGGUCCAGUCCUCGCUGGCCCUGGUUAUGGUGGGCGCCGUUGCUUAUGCCUUCUUUAACUAAGAGGUCAUGGCACCAGGUCUGAUUUCGGGCGUAUUGGGAGUUCUUGGUACUGAAUGAUCGUCGCUCAAAGAUUAGACGGAUCAAACUCAUUCCGUAGGGGAUUCGCAUAGAUUACGUACAGACCAUGCUGCUGCUUUGCUCGCAGACAGGGGCUGGGGAUUAUUCCAUGUAAUGAUCAUAGUCGAGGUGUAACUCCUCACAUAGCACUGCAAUCACGAGUCUACGGGGAUUUCUCCGCCAUUGACUCGAUCCUUCAGCG